GUUUAUGUAGAGCUAUUUUUAGCUUGGUAACAAGGGAGGGAGCUGCAGUGCUGCCCUCGUCAGCAUUUAUCAAAGCAUCCCCAGCUCUAAGUUGGACUGAUUCCCGGCCUGCAUGGGCCAAUCUGGCACCUAGGCAGUCACGAUUGAAGAAGGGAAGUCUGCAGUGGGAGGUGGAACGAGUGGGAUGGGAGGGAGUCAGCCAUGUGGACCUCAGAGUCAGGGAGGGAGGAGAUGUGUGAGGCCUGAAACACCCUGCAGCCCACAGUGAGAUCGCGACUGUUCCCUGCACCCACAGAGGACACUGGUGGGACUAGAACCCUCCUGCAGCUCCAAGGGCGACACCAUAGCGGGAGGGAUGACUGUGGCUAGAGGGGCCAGGGUUGUGUGGAGAGGUAACCCUGGGGAAGGCUGGGCUGGGCCAAGUGGGAGUCCCAUGCAUGAGUUGCAAACGUCAGACAAACCCACGUCUGCAUGCCCCUGAGGAGACCUGAGCAGCAGAAACCAACAGUGAGGGACUGACCAAAACCCUCCUUCCCUGUGUCACUCUGGGAGAGGAGGUAAAGGUGCUGGUGUCAGGUGUCUAAGCUCAGGAAGAGGAAAGGAGCUGGGACAGGUGAUCUUAAGCUGGUCAUGCCUUUCAUCAUCCUACUGUGUUUUGCUUUAUGUUUGUUCUGCUUUUGGUGGGUGGCAGAUUACAUUAGUUUUGUUUUCUUCCCCAUGUGGAGUAGUCUCUUCUGCUGGGGUACGUAAACAGUGAGCAAAUCCUGCUCUGGGGGAUCUCCAUGAGGCCCUCGAUACCUUUUCUCUUCCCAUCCCACCACGAGAUGAGGAAAGUGAGUGAGCGGCUGCAUCAUCCCUGUGCCUGGUUGGGCCUAAACCACAGCAGGCAUGAAAAGGCGGUGUCCUGUAUCAGAAAGUCUUUUAAGCUCUGUCCAGUUAGUUAUGAAUCCAAGGUAUCUAUAUAACAUGAUGAAUGUUUCAAAAUUGCAUGUAUUGUUUCUUACAACACUUGGUUCUUACUAGCUGUUGUGUGCUGUGCAUUCAUCUUAUCAGUGGUGUGAUACAAGGCCAAAUGUUGAACAAAAUUUUAUAAGUUAAAGAAAAAAACCUUAUAGUAGGAAAGUGAAUCUUACCACCUUUUUUAACUGUGUUCCAAAGAUACGCUCAGUCACUGCCAAAACUCUGUUCUUCGAGUAUGCCUCUGUGUCUGUACAUCUUUCCAAGCUACCCAGUAACUUCAGAAAAGUUGAAAAACUUGAUUGCACUCCACUAGACAAACAUUUGCAAAUUAAAAUGACAGCAGUACCCACCAAACGGCAUCAGCAACUGUCUGUGAAUAUUUUGAUUUUUUUUUUCCUUACCAUAAAUGCUGUUCUUUUCCAUUUUCUCAGUCGCUAUCUUCUUAGGUAACAGUAACCACGCAAUACGGGUAAUGUGGAUUUGAUUCCAAAAUGAUAUUUAACAUUCACCUAAAAGUAGCUCUGAAGCAAAAUGAAUUCUAAUGCAUUUAUUUGUUCUGCCAAACACUUAGGAGGGCUGUAAAUUGUCUUUAGAAUGCAUACUUAGAAGUAUGCCAUGAAACAUAUAAGCUGCAAAAGCACUUGUUCAUAGGAUUGAGUCAACUUUUAAGACGUUGGAGAAGAAAUAAACCAGCAGUUUUUGGACAAAGACUCCAGUCUUUGCAAAAUAGACUGUGCAUUUUUGGUCUUCUUGUGUUUUGCUUGAAUGGUCUUUCUGUUUUGUGUCUUAAGUAAAAUACAUCCAACAGAAAUAAGAAGAUAUUUGGAUAUUCUUGCUGGGUUUACUGAAAUGAGUGUCAUGCCACCUUUUUCAAAAACCCCCAAAUCCUCCUUCAGCAGGAUCUUACUGAAAAAUUCAUAGGAAAACCAGGGAGCAUUUAUUUGAAGAUGGAGCACUUAGCUUUGUUACUAUGCUGUCCUCAGAACUACAAGCCACAAGUUACUUUUGUUUAAUAGUAACUGGAAUGACAAAUUGCAGUAGCUUCUUUUAAUCACAGUUUGUUCGGUAAUCACACUGGUGCAUUUUUCCUUGUUACAAAGGUAAGAACAGCAGUGUUUCUGCCUUUUUCAUUGUAUCUGUUCACAGUCUUGAUCUGUCUUUAAGGGAGAAUGGAGAAUUCAGGCCAUGAAAAGUUGGAAGUCUUUGUUAAGAAUUCAGAGUAAAAAAAAAUCGACAGGAUUUGUAAGGAUCCUAAUAAAAGUCUGAGGGGAGCAUAUGGAAUAUUCAACACUUCUUUUUUUCUCAGAACUGAUAUAUCAAGGUUCAGGCAAUUCCUUUAAGCAUCAGGAUCAGAUGCAGCGAACCACUCCCUUGCCUUCAGCAACAGAAAACUGCAUGAUCCCCACCAGCGUUUCGGUCUGUGUUACAGUUCUGUAUUGCUGCAAGAGGAUUGACUCGGAAGGAUGAUGCUGUUGACAAGCUCAGCAGGAUUUAUUCUGUUCUUGCUCUGUCAUACUGUGUCAGUGGGCACCACAGAGGAUAUGGUCUUGGCAAAUGGCCACCUUCUACCCCAAAGAGGCUAUGAGACACUGGGUAACAGCAAUGAUAAAGGCUAUCCAAGAGAUUGUUUUGAGAUUUUUCAGCGCUCCAAAGGAAAUUCCAGAGAUGGUCUUUACAUCAUCCAACCCAAGGAGGACCCAAUUGUUGUCUCUUGUAACAUGCAGGAUGGCGGCUGGACAGUAAUCCAGCAUAUUACAGCCAAUAGUACAGUCGACUUUGAUAGGACCUGGCAGGAUUACAAAUAUGGAUUUGGCUCCAUUCACGACAACCACUGGUUAGGAAAUGAAUACAUUCAUCAGUUAACUAGCAGCUCUGUGCGAUAUAUACUUGGAGUUAAACUUGUAGACCUAAAUGCAGAAAUCAAAUGGGGACAAUACGAACCAUUCCUUAUUGAGGAUGAAGAGUCCCAGUACCGAAUCAGAGUAGGUCUAUACAAAGGCAACGCCACUGAUGCUCUGACCUUGGACACAGAAGCCUAUCUUCAUGACAACCAGAAGUUCACCACCAAGGACAGAGAUAAUGAUAAUUACUUUCAGAAUUGUGCUAAACUGGAGCACAAUGGCAUUCCUGGGGGAGGCUGGUGGUAUGAUGCAUGUGCUGGAGCAAAUCUAAACCGUAGGAAUGUGAUAUACUGGCAAAAAGACUGCAACAAGCAACGUAUUUGCAAGUUUGCAUGGAUGAUGAUCAAACCUAUUGACCACCGCCUGUCAUAUCCAACCAAGUCUUGUUCAUGUCAGAAAGCUGAACUGUAGAUAAGCCAUAGGUACUUUGAAAGAAACACAGAUUCUUUGUCCAGUCACUGAAGUAAGCUCACACUGACUGAAUCAUCACAAUCAGUAAGCACAAUUGAUUAAAAAUUUAAUAUGGGCCUCUGCAAGUGUUUUAUGGUACCAUGUUGCCCAGGACUGGACUGGGAUAUAGACAUCUGUCAGCCACACAAGCAAGAAGUCCCUCUCAGAAACAGAGGCCUCUACUAGAAGAUUUAAAUAAUUAAUUUUAUAAUAUUUUAGCCAUAACAGAAGUCAAGUAUGACAUCUAGAAUAUCAUGUCUUGUAUGAGAAAUAGAUAAAUAUACAUGCAUUAAAGAAGGUUUUGCUUCACUAUGAAUGUUCACAGUUGAUCUUCUACAAGCUAUAAUUAUACAUCUUCACAUAUCCUGCAGGAAGGAAAUUUCCAGUAAAGUACCCACAUUUACAAAAUACAUAUGGGAGAAAACUGUAUACCAUAGGGGAGCAUCAGACCUUUCCUUUUUACCUUUAGCGAAAGGUAUUUUAACAUAUAAAAUGGGAAUUCAGCCUCACAUCCCAUGGCUGCUUUUCACCUUCAUUGACUCUUCUUUUUAUCUCUCCUUUUUAGUGAAGUAUUUAAUGAAGUAUUCAGCAGAGGCUUUGCUUUUCUUCCUUCUUUUUAGAGCACCCACAGCUAAUAGGAUCAUCAGCUUUCCCACUUAAAGAUAAUAACUCAACACUUACAAGUCCUCUGAAUUUUUCCCCAAGAAACUCAAUGAACACAUUUUUAAACGAUCAAUUUGAUUUUGCAAUUUACUUAUUGCUCCUUUUUGUUUAUUGUAUUUUCACUGUUACAUCUCCCUGUUCCAUGAUGUGCUUCAGCUUUUUCUUUUUUAAUACCACUGUGAGAAGGCUCUGUUUUGCAUUUGCAAGUUUCAAUUGUUCUGGCACUCAAC